AUGGAACCCCUCUAUCAGGCUGGGUCCAUUCUCAUGAAGGUGAAUACUUUACAAGGGAAGAAGAUGGUGGAGAGCGGCCUCCAGUCUGGGGACUUUUCCCUCCCCCAGUCGUGGCCCUCUGGCCUCCUGCCGUCAGCUGACUUGGAGGUCCUGCAGCAGAAGGUGGCUGCAGUCGAGCGGGAGCUGGAGGACUUUAAGAACGAGGCCUUGAAGGCCAUCCAUUACCUGGAAGACGCCUUCUGUGAGAUGAACGGGACCCUGGCGCAGCAGGAGGAACAGGCGGCCCGCGUGAAGCAGCGACUGAGGGAGGAGGAGGACCGGGGCAUCGUGCGAAACAAGGUCCUCACCUUCCUGCUGCCCCGCGAGAAGCAGCUCCGGGAGCACUGCCAGCGGCUGGAGGGCAUGCUGUUGGGCAGGAGCCGCGAGGCGCUGGGCCUCCCCAAGAAGAUCCAGGCAAACUGAGGCCUCCCCAAGCAGGAGCUGCGCUUCUAGCCGAGGAGCAAGUAGAAGAUUUUUUAAACGGAAGGACGGACCCUAAGUCCUUAUCCAUUGGCUCCCCUUCCCCCAUUUUUGUUGCUUUCCUUCCACCUAAAUAAUACCUUGCUGAGAGGCCAAAGGACCACGGUAUGUUCUUUCGGUGGAGCUCCAUUUGUCCCGCAUCGUCGGAGAAGGAGGCGCCCCAAUAUAGGUCCUUUAGACGCCUGUGGUUUCCACCUUCUAACUGUUGUCCUGUUCCCAAUGGUAAUAUU